AUGUCAAUCUCCGUUGAGCUGAACACGCCUCUGGCAGAAGCUUUAAAUGAGGUCAUCCAACCCAAGUUGGUGGAAGUUGGAUGGAGCACCGGUGGUGGAGAUGACUCGGCCCUCGCCGAAUACGUUAUCUUGAUGCUAGUCAACGGCAAGACACAGGAGCAAAUCGCAUCGGAGCUGGCGAAUGACCUUCUUGGCCUCGGUCCAGAUGAUACUGAAGCGGUGGACUUUUCAAGAUGGUUGUUUGAGCAGGUGGAAGUUUCCCAUAAGCGAUUGAAUGGUGAGCCGGCGGAGCCAGAGCAACCACCCGCAGCUCAGGCUAUUCCGUCAUUCUCUGACGAGACAAAUGGAACGGAUGUUAUGGCUGCUGAUGCUUCGAUGAAAAUGGAUACUGAGAUGGGUGAUCCGCAAUAUUUACCCCAGGACUCUUCAAUACCUAGUGGCCCUAGAACAAUGCGAAAUACGAAGCAUAAUGGAAGAGGGAGGCUUCUCAACCAAAUUACGAGAGCCAUGGAUCGAUCCAGCGAGUCCGUCUUACAUCGCGUUCGAAACCAGCAUGGCACGGAGAGGAUCAAUACACACCGAGAACCACCUAAAGGCCCCAGGGCAUUCCAAUCAAGAGGUGGUCGCUCUGGGCCUGGUAGACCCCCCGGAACUAUGGGUAUGAAUGCUGGCAUGGCAGCUACGGGAAUGGGGGGCAAUGGCAUGCAAAAUAUGCCUAAUAUGAUGCAAAUGUCCCCCCAGCAACAACUCCAAAUGAUGGCCUUAUUCGAGGAACAGGCUCGCAUGAUGGCCCAAUUCAUGCCCGGAUUCGUUGCGCCCGCUAUCAACCCGGCGUUUCAAAAUCCCCAAACACGGCCACAAGGCCGCUCCUUGUUCGAUCGUGCUGAAAUGCAGUCAGGAAGGAAUACCGACUUUCAGAAACGUCACCAGAAUGGUCGAAAAUUCCAGGAUUCGAACAUGGAUGCGGAAACUAAACCGCAAGAGUCUGCUGACACUCAAAUGGGUGACGGGCCAGAGCAAGCUGAAUCGCAGGAUCGAGGAUCGAGUGUUUGUCGUUUUAAUCUAAGGUGUACAAAUAAAGAUUGCCCUUAUGCACACCAGUCUCCUGCGGCUCCCGAGGGAACUACUAUCGACGUUUCUGACACUUGUUCGUUUGGCGCUGCUUGCAAGAAUCGAAAAUGUGUUGGCCGACACCCCUCGCCGGCCCAGAAAGCAAUACAUCAGUCAGAGGAGCUUUGUCGAUAUUUUCCAAACUGCCAGAACCCCCACUGCCAUUUCAAGCAUCCUGCCAUGCCCCUAUGCCGCAAUGGUGCGGACUGUUCCAUCCCUGGAUGCAAAUUCACCCAUCAACAGAUGCCCUGCCGCUACAAUCCAUGUCUUAACCCUACCUGUCCCUACAAACAUGCUGAAGGCCAAAAGGGUGUGUUCUCGGACAAGGUAUGGACGGCACAUGACUCCGAUAAAAAUGGACAGCAUGUCAGUGAGCGAAAAUUCGUGACUGAGGAAGACGGAGAGGAGGAAUUGAUUAAGCCUAGUCUUCCGCCAUCUAGCGAACCUGAGAUUGUUACUUGA